AUGGUGUCCGACGAGCACUACGAGCUGUGCCUGCCUAUCCUGCAGGACCCCGCCCUCGAAGACGAAGACAAGACGGACAAGCUCGAGGAGCUCCUCAAAAAGGAGACCAGCCUGACGGGCGCCUCUCUCGACAAUGUCGUCCUCGAUGCCAUGUGGAGAUAUCGCGAGGCCGGAGGUGCGUCGGCCUCGCCUCCACCCAUCCGCCAGUCCAUCCUCCGCCGCCCUUCUCCGGCCUCCUGGCGCGGCUCCCCAACGCCCCUGACUGGGUCCCCGCGCCUCGGCGUGAGUCCCCUGGCACCCCCCGGCUUCGUCCCCUCCACCUUCAACCGGACCAUGUCGUCGACGGCCUCGCCCUUCUCGUCUCCCCGGGCCUCUCCGCGUCUCGCCCUGGCGACGCCCGCCAUACCCCACAGCCCGAACCUCAACGCCUACGAAUUUGCGAGCGACUCCACCCCCGCCGCCGAGAUCCUCGGUGACUACCAGACGGAGAACGUGGAAUGGCUCGUCAAUGACGAUGCCGCCAGCGUCUCCUCAUCGGUCGGCGCAUCGAGCGGCCUCAACGCCGCCGCCCCAGAGUUUUCGUCCGUGUCCUCGCUGCAGGCUGACAUGUCUCCCUAUGACAUGCUACGCUCCAUUCUUGGACAGACCCGGACUGACGAGGACAUUGAGGCUGCGCUCGCCAUGCAUGGCUACGAUCUGAGCGCCACCAUUGCGUCCAUCAUGGAGAAUCAAACCCAGGACGAUGGGCCCAUGGCCCUGCCCAUGGACGAGCCACGCAGCGUCGUGCAAAAGACGGGCGUCAUUUGUAAGUUUUACAUGUCGACGGGUCAGUGUCUCCGCGCAGACUGCCGCUUCAGCCACGAUCUGAGCAGUCACCUUUGCAAAUACUGGGUCAUGGGAAACUGCCUUGCCGGCGAUACCUGCAUCUUCUCUCACGACCCUUCCAAGUUGGUGAAUAAGCUUGGACUGGACGAGAGCUCGGCCAAAGUGCAGAGCAGCCUUCAGCUCCAGGACAUGAACUCUUUCCCCUGCCUGCGGCCAGAAACCCCCAGUUUCAGGGGUGGCUUCCCCGCAGAUGCCAAUGCCAACGUCGCGAGUUUCACCCCGCCGCUGGGACCGCGUCACUUGCACGGGACGGAGAGCCCCCGCCUGCGGUCACGGCCGGGCAGCCGACAUCAGGCAAAGGACACGACUGCGUCUGCCCCGGCGCUCGACGACAACGAAGCCUUUCCGUGCUUGGGCUCGGCUUCGACGAAGCAAGGCAAGAAGCACCACGGCAAGCGUGGCGGGCAUGGCCACGGCCACAAGGAGAACCUUGCUCCGAGCUCCUUGGCGGAAAUCGUCAAGAGGACGCCAUCCCCCGCUCCAGGCGCGUCUCGCCCCGAAUCCCGGAGGUCGGGACACAACGGAGGCGUCGUCCCGCUCCGGAACGGCGAGAGCAGCGCGGCCUCGCAGGCGAUCCCCUGCCCCAAGCAAAUUCCCUGGCUAGAGACGGGAGAGCUGGCGAACAAGGCGUAUCUCAAAGCCCGACAAGACGCCAUCAAGCAUGGCGGGCUUCGGAACAAGUUUCUGCAGAGUGCAGCGCAGGCGUGGAACCGCAACGAUGCGAGAGCGGCAAAGGCCCUCAGCCUUCGAGGCCAGAGCGAAAACGACCUGAUGCGGAAAGCACAUCGCGAGGCGGCGCGCGAGCUGUACGAACAACGUAACAAGGGCGGCAUGAACAAGGCGUCGGAGACAUAUGUGGAUCUCCACGGCCUCCAUCCCGAAGAAGCGGUGGAAUACCUGGAGAAGGUGCUGAUGGAGAAUAGCAGGGUGGCGAGACCCGUGUACGCCAUCACGGGCACCGGGCAUCACAGCAAGAACGGCAAGGACAAGGUGGGCAGGGCGAUCCGCGGCUUUCUCAACGAAUGGCGAUAUGCGUACCGCGAGUUCUCGGUGCCGGGGGACCGCAACAGCAUGGGCGGGAUACUGGGCAUCGAUGCCCGCAGCUGGGACAAGUCGCUGGGCCGAGAAGGGGGGGCGGGAGCGGGAGCGGGCGAGGAUGCCGAGGCGGUGGACAUUCUCAGCCAGGGCGUGGAAAUUGGGGACGGCAAGGUCAGGCUGUUGGUCCGGGACGCGCCCAAGGGGCCGAGCGGGCGGCGAUGA